AUGGCAUAUUUCCCCGGAAUUCUACCUUUUGGUGAUAGAAAAAGCUCGAGUAGUUUAGUAUUCGAAGAGUUUGUGCCUCCUUCAGCUUGGACGGAAGACCAAACAUGUCAUUGCCUCCUUGUUGAUCUUCCUGGUUUCAAGAGGCAAGAGCUCAAGCUUCAAGUUGAUAACCAUAAUCGCAUAGUAGUUAGUGGAGAAAGGCAAGUGAGCGAGAACAAAUACAAGCGAUUUGAUCAAAACUUUGAGUUGCCAAACAAUGCAGACAUAGAAAAGAUCACAGGGAAGCUGGAGAGUGAAAUUCUGUAUAUUACAGUCCCAAAGAGAGUUGAGCAAGAUCAUCAAGAGAUCAAACAUGGUAGCAUUCGUGAUGGGGAAAAGGGCACGUUUGCACCAGCACCAGCACCGUCACCAUCACCACAUCCAGAAUCAGAAGUAGAUGAAGAUGCAAAUGAAGAUGAUAGUGAUGAUGAUAAUGAUGACGAUGAUGAUAAAGAUGAUGAUGAUAAUAAGAAAUCAGAUGCAUAUGCAAAUGCAGAAGAAAAGGAAAGUGAAAGUGAAAACAAAUAUGGUGGUGGAAAGGAAGUUGAAAGAGUGAAACACGAAAGCAAUUCUGAUGAAGAUUGGGGGAAAGACAUGGACUUAUUUCUGAGAGUCGCAAUCGAGAAACUAAGAAAGAAUAAAAGGAUCGUUGUGACAGCAAUCUUUGCAUUUUCAUUAGGGGUGUUGGUAACUCAGAAGUUUCAGUCAAAUGAAAACUAAUUGAUGGAGAGCGCUUAAAAUCAAAGUUGUAAAUAAUGCAUAAUGUUGAAUUGUAAAAAUAACAAAUGUAACACAAAUUGCAAAUAUAUUGAAUAAUAGCCUACUCUGAUUAUGGUAUA